GGUAAUAUUUGAAAUUUUACUUCCUCAUUCGACAUUCAAUACGAAGAAACGCUUGUCACAUUACACAAGAAAAUACUUUCUAGAUCUAGCCUCUCCUUAUAAAGGAUGACGUUUCGGAUAGUGGUAUUGCUUACAGUAGCAUGUUUCUCAUUCGAAGCUUUUGGAAAGGAUAAAGGGAAUACAUUGUUUUUGGCAAUCUACCAGUAUCCUGUGUCGUAUAUUGGUUGGCUUCCUGCAAACCCAGAAUCCUACAAAAAUGACAUGACGUUAUCAUAUAAUCGGAGCUAUACUCAAAUCCUCACACACCACUGGACCGCAGUAGCUGCUGAUUACCACACAGGAAAUGUUACUUUCCAUGACAAAGUAAACCGCUGGAUAUACUUAAGUGAGGAUUUUGGAACUCCUGGUGGCGGCUCUGCUUCUUCAAUUGAAGGUGGAACCUCUGGUAGAGUGGAGGCUAUGGCAAUUGACUGGUUGGCUCAGAAUGUGUACUGGGUGGACGAGGGUUACAAUUGGAUUAAAAUGACAAAUUAUCUUGGAGAAGGAGAAGCAUUGAUUGUUGAUUUAGGUCUCGAAAGGCCGUCUGGGAUAGCCUGCCAUCCUAUAGAAGGGUAUCUAUUCUGGACUGAAUUAGGGAAUAAAUAUCCGGCUAAGAUUGAAAGAUCAUCUCUUUCAGGAGGAAAUAGAGUCACUAUUGUUACACGUGUUAGCGAACCAACGGCUAUAGCAGUAGAUACUAUCACUAACAGGAUUUACUGGACUGAUCAUAAUGCAACUAACAGUAAAAUUGAAUCCUCCGAUGUAAAUGGUGAAGACAGGCGAAUGGAAGUGUCACAACCUUUAUCUGAUGGCAAAUUUAAAAGUAUUUCUGUCGACGAAGAUUACAUGUUUGUAAGUGUGUUUGUUGGAACUGAAUAUAGUAUUCGUUACUACAACAAGUCCACGCCAAGCGAAUUGGUGUUUGAAUAUAGCUUCGAUAACUCUCUCUUCGUAAACGACUUGUGUGUCACGGGUCCGAAUAUCCAGCAGAAGCCAGUAACAUUGCCGUGUGAUGGACAUACUUGUGGUCACUUUUGUGUAUCGGCCGCCGACGGAAAACACGAAUGUAUUUGCAGGGAUAACUAUGUUUUAAAUCCAAAUGGAACAUGCAGUAUUGAUUUAUCCUUAUAUCACCCACCAUACUGCGUAAUUGGAAGGAUGAACGGCGUUUCCAGAUUUCACCCAACUCUUCUCCAUUAUGGUCUAGAUGAUAAACAGCAAUACAUUUCUGAUAUGCUUGGCAAAUAUUAUGGAAAUGUAACAGCAGUGGCAGUUGAUAUACGCAGCCAUAUAUUGUUUUAUGCUUCUGAUACACGUAAAAAUAUAUAUGUUAUAAGACUGGAAAGUGGGCAAUAUCCAAUAGUUAUUGAGUCAAGUAUUGGACGCGUUGAUGGUAUAGCAGUUGACUGGAUUUCGUUUAACGUUUACUGGGUUGAUUACGACAAGAAUCGUUUAAUGAUUGCAGCCUACGACGGAACGUCGUCAUCGGUGAUGUUUUAUAACGUCAUUAAUCCACGGGCUAUAGCAGUGGACCCGAUCUUCAGGCUGAUAUUUUGGACAGAACAAACUACACCGGCAAAGGUUGUGAGCAGUAAUCUGGAUGGUACAAAUCGCCAUGAUGUUAUAGAUAUAAGCCUGCAAAAUCCAUCAGGAAUUGCGCUUGAUCACACCCAAAGGAGAAUUUAUAUAGUUGGUGAAGAUAAAAAAUUUAUUUACGCUACUGACUAUGACGGUACAGAACAGAAUAGCAUUAUUGGCGAAAGUACUUACUAUGCUAGUGACAUCACUCUUUUUCAGGACUUUAUAAUAUUAGCAGAAUUGUAUGGGCAACAAGAAGGUUUCAUUGAAGCAAUACACAAGAAGAGCGGUGAAGCUGAUGGUAGCAUACAUAUAAAUACUACUGUCUAUGCCAUCGACACUUUUGAUCAAUCCACCCAGCCUAUACCUGCAAUAACUACAACACCAACAAUAACCACCAAGUCACCUUUAUCUACAAAAAAGCAUGUGCAAAUCACAGAACGCAUGAUCACGGAAGUGGAAACAGAGACACAAGCAAUUGCUUCUACUGUUAUCAUCGGUGGUGCGUCCGGUGCCGUUGCUUUAAUUAUUAUCCUCCUGGUAAUCAUCAUUGUCGUGCUGUUUAAAAGAGGAAAGAGGUAA